CAUACAUGAAUAAGUUUGCAUUCAUUGAUUUUGUUUUCUUAAAUUUCCUACAAGAGAGCAAAAACAUGUUAGGAUCCAUAGAGCCUGAUCAUAAGAGGUGUGUUGUUUAUCCAACCAGCACUUUUGCAGGUCGAGUAUUACGUUAAGCUCACCAGGGUCAAGAAGCAUGCCCCUGUUCAGCCGUGAUUGAUUUAAGAGCUGCUUUUUUUCUUCUUUUUUUUUCGGCCUUUAAGCAUAGUGGAUUAGAUUGGCAUGAAUCCAUGAACCUAUUGAAAGGAAACUACAUAAAUCUUUAUGCCAUGGUUUGUAUCUUUUUUUUGCUUUCUUUUUAUUCUAAUAUUGUUAUGCGUCGAGAAGAGAUCUUUAUCCCAACAAAACACUCACGUUGAUCUCUGACCAAAGCACCUUAAUGCUAUCCUAAUGUGCUUAUAGGGAUGAUAAGAACAUUCUUAAUUAUUUACAGGGAAUCCUGUUCCUCCCAAGGGAAUAAAAAAAAAAAAAAAAACUACCUCGGGUAUCUUCAUCUUUAUCUGAUACUAAAUACUGGCGGGUGUUUUCAUAAUUUGAAGGGUAAGUUGUAUAUUUCAAAUCUCAAAAAAGGAGUGGUGUUGAAACUCUUGUGAGUCUACAACCGGGUCAAUAGUCCACCGUGGUCAUAGGUAGUCCCACUUGGGUCCCAAGUCGCAAUAACGCGGACACGGUUUAGCUGCUGACCCCAACACCGGACUUGGUCUCAGUAGUGACCCCUCCACUACCCAGAUCUCAGCACUGAUUGGUGCUGUGGGCCCCACAAUGAUGUAUAUAUUUUAUCCACUCUGUCCAUCCAUUUUACCGGCUCAUUUUAAGGCAUGAACAUGAAAGUGAGGCACAUCUAAAUCUCAGGUGGACCACAAAAUAGGAAGCAGUGGGGAUUGGAUGCCUACCAUUAAAAACUUCCUAGGGCCCACUUUAAUGUGUUUUUGCCAUCCAACCUGUUGACUAGGUCAGACAGACCCGAAUGAAGGCAAAACUCAAACAUCAGCUUGAUCCGAAACUUUUGUGGACCCCAAAAAGUUUUUAAUGGUGGGCGUUCAAUCACCAUUGUUUCCUGUGGUGUGAUCCACCUGAGAUUGGAUCUACCUCAUUUUUGGGCUCGUGCCUUAAAAUGAGCAGGGAAAAUGGAUGGAUGGCAUACAUAAAACACAUAUAUCAUGGUGGGGCCACAGAGCGCUAGAUAUUAAUCUCACCUGACUCAGUGGGUGUACACGCAUUAAAGCGCAAAUGACACUCCAAUUCCAAAGUCCGCAACCGUCCCCCAUUGCCCUCUUUCCAUUCCUUGCUUCAAUGAAGGCAGUUGAAUUGAAGGUAGAGAUGCUAGGAUUCCAUAGUGAAAAAAGACUAAGGAAAUGCCUGUCUAGGAUCAGAGGAGUGAAGGCGGUCGAGAUCGAGCUAUUCAAGAAGAAGGUUGUGGUAAGAGGAGAAGCCGAACAAGGUAGAAUUUCAAAGGCUCUUAGGAGAAGUGGGUUCAGAUCAGAGCCUUGGUGUAAUAAGAAUGAAAUUCUUCUAGCCACUUAUGUUGGUAGGUGUUAUACUGCCUUCUGAAUUGCGGACGAGUGCACGUUUUAAGUUCGAAUUUCCGUUUCGAGCAUGUACUAGGAAGUGUGUUUAGUGAAAACUUUAAACAAAAUCCGCAAUGUCGAUUGCUUGUAGACAUUACAAAUGAGCUUGAAAUGUAGACAAUCUGUAAUGUACUUUUUUGUGUUU